AUGCGAUUCGCCGUCUUUGUCGCAGUCACCUCUGCCAUCGCUCUGACCGACGCCGCCCCCGUCGUCCAGACCGAGGCAGCCGUCCCCGAUGUGCCUCAUCGCGACCCGGCCGACUACUACAAAGUCGUUGCCGCACAGCCCACCGAAACGGCCUCGAUCCCACCUCACAAGAAAUACAGGGGCGUUCCUCAGACCACCGAGGGGAUCACGGUUCAGAACUCCAAGCGCUGGCUCAUCUUUGGAGACCCGACCCUGAACAGGAACAAGACGGAGCCAGUGCGCCCUCAACUUCCAAAGACGAGUGCUAGCACGAACCGCUUCCCCAGGCCCAUGCUUCCACUGAUUCCGUGCUGCGGCCCUUGCGAAACCUUUUUCGAGAAGAAUCCCGCGGGUUUGGGGGUAUUUGUGUGCCCGAGCAUGCCGAGUAGGAAGCCUUCACCUACUACUACCGAGGGACAAGGUCCCAAGGAGACUGGGAAGCCUUCGUCUACUGUUACUGAGGGACGUGGAACCAGGGUCACCGAGAUGCCUUCGUCUACUAUUACUCUGGAACAGGGACCCAAGAUCACCAAAAGGCCUUCACCUACCAAGGCACAUGGACACGAGGAGAAUAAGAUGUCACAGCUUUAG